AUGAGGUUUUUCACCGCCACGGUGCUCGGGCUGCUCGCGCCCAGCCUGUGCGCCGCAACCAACCUUACUACGCCUAGUCGAUUGGAUCUUCCGUCCGGCUUCAAGCCACCGCAGGUUUUCAAAAACACAAAUCUGGUUCGGAAUACCAAUUUGGAAAAGAGCUAUGUGCGGGAAACAGUCAAUGUUGUUGUGGAGAAUGUCGACAAGAAGCCUCAGAACGACUACUACAUCCCCUUCUCUGCCGAGGUGUUCGACCGUAUUGGAGGCUUCGAAGUGAGAGAUAAGAAAGCCCCCGAGAAGGGACGCUUCAAUGUGGACUAUACUGAAGCUGUAUCAUCCGACGGCAACCAAUACUUCGUCAUUCACCUUCCCGAGCCUCUGGCCCCGAAGUCGCAGGUUACCCUUGGAAUCUCGUACUCGGUGCUUUCCUCUCUCAGCCCGCUUCCCGCGACCAUUGGACAAGCGGACAAGCAAUACCUCACCUACUCCUUUUCCGCCUAUAUGCCAUCCGCCUACACGACGGAUACACAGAAGACCAAGUUGAAGUUCCCCAGCACCAAUGUGCCGGAUUACACAACUACUGAUGGUCUCAAGUCCGGCUCGGACCCCGAGCGCAAGGGCGCGACAUACACUUACGGUCCGUAUAACACAGCUCAGGUGGCCCCAGGCACCGAGCACCCAAUCACCGUCCGCUACGAGUUUACUAAGCCCGUAAUCACCGUAAACCUUUUGGAGCGUGACUUGGAAGUCUCGCACUGGGGCGGCAACCUUGCAACCGAGGAACGGUACUGGCUACGCAACAACGGCUCGGAGCUGACCAAUCAGUUCUCGCGUGUCGAGUGGACUUUCACCAGCUACCAGAAAGCGCCUACUUCGGCGGUUCGUGAGCUGGCAUAUCCGCUUCUUCCCGGCUCUGUCGACCCUUACUUUAUUGAUGAUAUCGGCAAUGUCUCGACCAGCCGCUACCGUCCAAGUGUUGGUAGGAGCGCAGGUAGUUUGGAGCUGAAGCCCCGUUACCCGAUCUUCGGAGGCUGGAACUACAGCUUCCGCAUUGGAUGGAACAACAACCUUGCUUCGUUUCUGCGCCGUGCCGCGGGUGUCGACUCCGACUCCUAUGUCCUCAAGGCCCCGCUCAUUGAGGGACCUAAGAUGGCUGAAGGUAUCCAGUAUGAGCGUGUGAUUGUGCGUGUCGUUCUCCCCGAAGGUGCUCACAAUGUCCGUUUCGAGAUCCUCGAGGGAGCUAACAGCAAUGGCCUUCCUGGGGCCAACCACAUUCACGCUCACGUGAGCUCUCUCAAGACUUACAUGGAUACCCUGGGCCGGACUACCUUGACCCUGGAGGUUGACAGUCUAACCGACGAAGCGCGUGACUCCAAGUUCGUGGUUACAUACGAUCACUCCAUGAUUGAUGCCCUACGCAAGCCUUUGACUAUCUUCGCGGGGCUGCUCACAGUCUUUGUCGCUGCCUGGGGCAUUGGAAAGAUUGAUGUCAGCAUCAAGAAGCGUCGUGUCCAAGGGAUCUCACCAAUCGACUUGUAUGUUUACAAUGUUUUCAGCUUUCCAGCUUCCAACGUGCCUUCCAAAAUCCCUGUAAUCUUCAAGUCAGGGUCGCUCCUUCCUCUGAACGUACUUGCCUACUGGCAAUCGCCGAAUAAACCUCGUCCACCCCCUGUGGAUGACAACACCACGCAAGACUCGCCAUCCAAAGUAAACCUGUCUUCCACCCGCAACCCCCUCGGCCCAGUGGUGGUAUUCAUCGCCCGAGCCUCGAACCUGACCGACCACAGCUACCCAAAGGCAACCAUGACCGCCGGCCAAAUGCACGCAUACCUACGUUCACUUCUGGUAAUCACCCUCGCCGAGCACCGCAAGCGAUUCGGUGUCCUAGGUCUCCGUCCCCACAAGAUACAGACAAUCAUCCAGCCCGCUCAAACCCGAAUCUCAGCCGUCAGUCGAAUCGGCAAGUAUCUAGCAAUGGCUCUCGAAGAAGCCCGAGCGUCCAAGACUGAGUGCAUCUUCGUCCUACAUGGCUGGGAUGGUUGGACAACUGACAAGAUGACCAUCGCUGAGCUCUGCGAGCCAUUCCGCGACGUCCCUUUGUCCUUCCAUGUUUAUGCCAACCGCGGCACACCUCGUGAGUUCUUUGAAGUUAACGGUCAUAAAGUCAAUGCGUACUUCAGACACACGGUUGCUGCUGAUGAUCCGGCUAUUGUUGGUGAUCGUUCGACCGCGCUUUUCAUUCGCAUGCUGGAGGUUCUACCUACCUUGGAAUAUGCAAAGUAUUAUCCUGUUCUUUCGGCGGCGGAAAGGGAUACCCUUGCCAAGUACGAUAAGCGGAUUUCCGGGAUUUACGAGCACGAUGAACUCGAGGUCCCUCCAAAGCUUGAAGAUGCAAAGCCCGGGGCUCCAAGGCCCGGUGUUUAA